AUGGCUCCACCGCACCACGCCCCUCCGCGCCCGCCCAAAAUCCUACCCGGACAGCUUCCCGGCCUGACUGGGCUCGGGUGCCCGGCGUCGCCAACCGAACUCUCAAAGCCGAUCGAGGCUGGUGAAGACGUGCUCAUGCCACUCUGCACGGCUCGAGGAUCCGGUCAAGAAGCCCGAGCCCGCCAUCCGCAAUGCCAGGUCAAGCAGGCGGACCAAGCCAUGGCGAAUGGUGUGCGGCGAGACGCGGCGCAAUCCAGUGGGGCUCAGGCCGCUAGCCAAGCCGGCGCAGUUGCAGUCGCUGUGGGGCACGCAGGCAAGCUAGAGUGA